ACAACACACACUGCAGCUACGACUUCUUCCCCUCUAACCGCAACGACAACACAACUUACUUCUACAACUGAAACAACGGUCACAACUCCUUUAACCUCUACAGUUCUAGUUAGGUUUUCCAGCAAUGAAAAUUUUGUGCCUGCACUGUCAAAUUCAUCAUCAGAAGUAUUUAAAGCCAGAGAAAGCAAAGUCAUAAAUGAGAUUAAGCCAAUCUUUGAAAAGGCAUUCGGUAGCUCCUUCGUUAAAUUGAAAGUUAUCUCGUUCCGUUCUGGAUCAAUCAUCACUGAUAUGAAUGUAACAUUUAGAACCGUACCCAGUGAAACAAAUAUAUCCGAUGCCAUUUUAAAUGGCAACAACACUCUUAACAUCACCAGUGUUAAAGUAAAUCCACUCAACACGACUACCAAUGGCACUACAACCAGUCCUACUACAACUACAACCAUAACCAGUCCCACUACAACUACAACUACAACCCCUCCUGCAACAAAUACAACCACAACCAGUCCUACUACAACUACAACUACAACCAGUCCUACUACAAAUACAACUACAACCAGUCCUACUACAACUACAACUACAACCAGUCCUACUACAAAUACAACUACAACCAGUCCUACUACAACUACAACUACAACCAGUCCUACUACAAAUACAACUACAACCAGUCCUACUACAACUACAACUACAACCAGUCCUACUACAACUACAACUACAACCAGUCCUACUACAACUACAACUACAACCCCUCCUACAACAAAUACAACCACAACCAGUCCUACUACAAAUACAACUACAACCAGUCCUACUACAACUAAAACCUCUCCUACAACAAAUACAACUACAACCAGUCCAACUACAACUACAACCAGUCCAACUACAACUACAACCACAACCCCUCCUACUACAAAUACAACUAAACCAACCACCACACAAACAACAACAACAACAACGCCCACCACCACCACCACCACCACCACCACACUACCACUACGUCCUCUGCCAUCAGUAGCCAUACAGAUUGUCAUUAUUGAGAUAUAUGUUCCACAACUUGAAAACCCACAAAGUUUAGAAUUUAAGACCCUAGCCACAAAGAUAGUGAGUGUGUUUGAUGAUGUCUACAAAAAAAAGUAUGGGGAACGUUUCAUCAGGACCAUCUUGAUUCGUUUCAUAGCUGUUACCAAAACCCGAGCAGAGCUAAAUGUCCGAGCAGAGCAAAAUGUCCGAGCAGAGCAAAAUGUCCAGGCGGAGGUUGAGUUAGUGUUUAGUGAAAAGUCAACAGAACCCGUUCCCAGCCCCACUUCCAUUGUGGAGACUCUGAAAGAAGCAGCUAUAACUCCAGGCUUCAACCUCACCGUUGAUCCCACCACUGUUAGUGUCAUCAAAUCACUGCAGAUAAUUCCAGUGACAAUCGUGACUAAUGGGACCUUUGUGGCUGCUCUGUCAAGUACAAGUUCAACUGAAUUUAAGAACAGGGCAGCAAUGUUAAAAACAGGGCUUGAACCUUUUUUCAUUGCCGAUUACCUUACAUCAUUCAGCGUCUUAAGCGUAACAGACUUCAGUGAUGGCAGUGUAAAAACAAGGAGUGUACCCACGAUCCGAAACUCCAUGGAUCUUGCAUUUGCAGCGAACAGCGCUGUACCCAGUAGCACCCAGAUAGUGAACACUAUAGUUAAAGCCGCCAAAAGCAACUCGUUACCCUUCCAGAUCUUCACAUAUGAAAUUGUAGUAAAUGGCAUAGCAUAUUCAUCAGCUGAAGCCCGCAGCAGGAUCAGUGUGUUGACCGCCUUGCUCCUGGUGGCGGCGGCGCUUCUGCUUUCGUGGUGUGAUUGACCAUAACUACACAUCCACUAGAAGACGGGUCUGAAGGAAGCCUUCAACAU